AUGAAGAAGACGCUACGGUUCCGUCAAACCGGCGCUAACUGGACACUAUCCCCUACCAUUUGCGCAGCCGUUACCGGCAUUGCCACCAUAGCUGCCGUCGGUAUCAUAUUCGUUCUAAAAGAUACCAAAUCAUCUAAACCAAUUACAUCAUUGGUUAAAUAUAACAACGCUCCCGAAAAACCGCUCUUGAUUCCCGGCUUGCAAAACCUCGGGAAUAAUUGCUUCCUCAACGUCGUUUUGCAGGCUCUUGCUAGUUGUGUUUGCUUUCAGAGUUUUCUUGAUAGUGUUAUUGCGGAAUAUGAGAAUGAUGAACGACGCGAUGGAAACAUGUCUCUUGUAUUUUCUUUGGCUUCUUUAUUACAAGAGCUGAGCUCAGUUUGUACAGAAAAUGUUGUAUUGAGUCCUACAAAUUUAAUGCGUCAUAUGUCCUGCUACAUUCCAGAUUUUGAUUUGACGAGCCAGCAGGAUGCUGCUGAGGCGUUUGGUCACCUACUGGGCUCUUUGAGAAAAGAAUCCGGAGGUUGUUAUGCUCCAAAGAUAAGUUCUUUAGCAGACCUUUUUGCUUCUAAUAAUAGAAUUCUUGCUCCAAUACAGACGGAUUGGCAGAGUGAGCCAGAGAGAUGGCACAGCCUCUUCCUUGGACCCUUUGACGGGAUUCUUUGUAGCAGCUUAACUUGUCAAAGCUGUUCUUCCCAGAUCUCAAAUAAAUUUGAAAAUUUUGAUUGUUUGCCUCUUUCGCUCGUGCUUAGUAAUAGUUACACUGUAAGAGUUGGUUGUACGCUGGUGGAUUGCCUGAAGCAGUUCAUUCUAGCUGAACACAUUGAGAACUACCACUGCAGCCACUGUUGGCACAACACUGCAAUCGAGUAUCUUUCCUUGAUGGAAGGAGACAAGGUAGAACUUGAAAAACUCAGGAGUUGUUCUGACCAAGAGUUCUGCGAUUGCCGAAAAACAUAUGAUCUUGAAAAUUUACCGUGGUCAAACAGGUUUUCACAUGCUUUGAAGCAGCUAAAUAUUGCUCGGUGUCCAAGGAUUUUAUGCAUCCAGCUGAAAAGAGCUCACAUGGAUGGUGUUGGAGAGUCAUUCAAACUCCAGGGCCAUAUUUCUUUUCCCUUGAUUUUGGAUGUGUCAUUCAUGACAACUAGACUAGGAGUAAAUAUACAGGAAGAUGUACAAAGUCCGCCGUUGAAUAUGCAGUAUAACAAAAAAAAUUCUUUGCCUAACCAUAGCAAUCUGCAGUCUGAGACAAGAAUGAUUGAAUCCAGUGGCAGACAUGAACUUGAUGAACUUCCGUGUUCUGGCUCUUCAGAAAGCAUUCGCUCAAACACACAGUUGCAAUCCAUUGACACGGUCAAUAUUUCUUGUAAUUCAAUUUCUCAAAACACAUGUGUGUAUCAACUUGUUUCUGUUGUGGAACACUUUGGAGAAACUGGAGGAGGGCAUUACAUUGUUUACAGAUGUGUGAGAUCCGAGUCCUCAGACGUCUCUGGCGAUUGCUUCAAUCAAAAUUCAAUGCACUGGUUUUGUGUUUCAGAUUCUCAUGUGGAUGCUGUUUCAGUGGAUGAUGUUCUUUCUGCUGAGGCCAGCUUGCUUUUCUAUGAGAGAAUUCCAAAUAACUGA